CAAGUGUUUCUAGUGUGAAUACGGGAACAAAAAAUAAAAUUUAAAUUCUUCCAAAAAUUGCGCGAUAUUCGCGGCUUACGUGAUCGAACGUGGUCGUUUGCAAGAUGGAAUUGACAAAAAAUACUAAAGAUCAAGUUGAAUCUGUUCAAAUUGAAGGGCUUGUAGCACUUAAGAUUGUUAAGCAUUGUCAUGAAGAAGGCCCUGGAGAAAUAGCUCAGGGUGAUUUAUUGGGACUUCUUGUAGACAAAACAUUAGAGGUUACUAACUGUUUUCCACGACCGCGUAAUGAAGAUGAUGAGUACGAUGAUGAAAAUUAUCAGAUUGACAUGAUGCGUAAACUUCGUGAAGUGAAUGUAGACCAUUUUCAUGUUGGUUGGUACCAAUCAACAUGUUUGGGUUCUUUCCUCAAUCGAAAUUUUGUUGAAUCUCAGUUCCAUUACCAACGCUCCAUAGAAGAAUCUGUUGUACUUGUUUAUGAUCCAUUGCAAACUCAUCAAGGGAUGCUUUCCUUUAAAGCCUAUCGCUUAUCACAAAAAAUGCUUGAUCUAUAUGCCGGUGCAGAAAAAAAUUUUACUCCAGAAAUGUUAAUUAAAGAAAAUGUAGAUUUCACAAAUAUUCUUGAAGAGGUUCCUGUUACUAUCAAAACUUCCAACUUAGUUAAUACAUUAAUUUGUGAGAUUGAAGAGACCGUCCAGCUCCCUGAAAAAGAAGAGUUCUUAAGUUUAGCUACUGGAUCAUAUUUAGAAAAAAAUGUUCACUUGUUGAUUGAAGGAGCUGACGAACUUUGCCAAGAUUCUCAGAAGCUACACAAUUUUCAACGUAAUGUUGCUAGGCAGCAACAGCAAAUUGAUGCUUAUAAACAAAGGAGGGCACAGGAGAAUGACCUUCGUAAACAACGCGGAGAACAGCCUUUACCUGAUGAGGAUUUAAAUAAGUUAUUUCGUCCUCUGCAGCCACCGCAACGAUUAGACAACUUGUUAGCCACUGCUCAAAUUGCAACUUGUUGUGACCAACUGAACGACUACGCUGCGCAAUCUUUUUCGAAACUCUUUUUAGCGGAAAGUAUACAAAAGUUAGCCGAAGCUUAAGUAAAAUAAAAUAUAACAAAAUUUAAAA